UCGAGUCCGAUGGAAUCUGCGGGGCUGGCGAAACCCAAAUCCUCCUCCAAGAAUUGGAUAUCCGUCUAGAAAUAGCCAAGAAAUAUUCUCACCGCGAAGAUUAAUCCCACGAGCGCUGACCAAUCACCAACCUCAGUCUCUUGCUCGGGAUUUCGAUCGGUCCGUGUCCCCCUGGGAUCUCGGCAUUCCUCCCAAGGCCGCACGCCCGCACGCCAGCUUUCGCGGUGACCAGAGCUCGAUCGGUUGCGGUGGCAGAGGGAGCUUCGAGGCGCGCAGGGGUUUCUUGGUCGAGGCCCAUGGUGGCGGAGGCGGAGAUGGCGGGGCGGGUGGUGGCGGAGCUCCGGGAGGCGUGCGCGACGCCGGCGCCGCGGCUGAACGAGGUGGCGGCGGCGAUGGAGGGGGAGAUGACGGCGGGGCUGCGGGAGGAGGGCCGAAGCAAGAUCAAGAUGAUCAUCUCCUACGUCGACAAUCUCCCCACCGGGAAUGAAGAGGGCUUCUUCUAUGCCCUUGAUCUUGGAGGAACAAACUUCCGCGUCUUGCGUGUGCAGCUCGCCGGCAAAGAGAAGCGCGUAGCGAAGCGUGAAUCCAAGGAAGUCUUGAUCCCUCCUCACCUGAUGUCAGGCAGCGCUUCGGAGCUGUUUAGUUUCAUUGCGUCAGCAGUAGCCAAGUUCGUCGCGAACGAAGAACGCAAUGACAUGCCUGAUGGCAAGCAAAGGGAGCUGGGGUUCACCUUCUCUUUCCCUGUGAGACAAACAUCGAUUGCGUCGGGCACACUUAUCAAGUGGACCAAGGCGUUUUCGAUCCAAGAUGCUGUAGGCGAAAAUGUUGUGGCUGAAUUGCAGACGGCCAUGGAGAAGAAAGCUGUUAACAUUCAUGUGGCUGCACUGAUCAAUGACACUGUUGGGACACUGGCUGCUGGUAGAUACAACGAUGAGGAUGUCGUCGUUGGUGUGAUAUUAGGUACCGGCUCAAAUGCCGCAUAUGUUGAAGAGGCAAGUGCCAUACCGAAGUUGGAAGGCGAGUUACCUAAAUCAGGAAACAUGGUGAUAAACACGGAAUGGGGCAAUUUCUCCUCAUCCUGCCUCCCAAUCACAGAAUAUGAUCAAGCCUUAGAUGAGGAGAGCUUAAACCCAGGAGAACAGAUCUUCGAGAAGUUGAUUUCAGGAAUGUAUCUAGGUGAAAUAGUAAGGAGGGUGCUUCUCAAAAUUGCCUUGCUGUCUACGCUCUUCGGCAAUGUCAACCACACCAAGCUCAAAACUCGCUUCAUUCUGAGGACUCCUGAUAUCUCUGCAAUGCACCAUGAUGAAACACCCGACCUGAGCUUUGUGGCUGAAAAACUGGCAGACAACCUGAAGAUCAGAGACACAUCCUUGGAGACGAGGAAGAUGGUUGUCGAGAUCUGUGACAUUGUCACCAGUAGGUCUGCCCGUCUGGCCGCAGCAGGGAUCGUAGGGAUCCUCAGGAAGAUCGGGAGGGGCGUCCCUGGUGACGAGCGGCGGUCGGUCGUCGCCAUUGAUGGCGGCCUGUUUGAGCAUUACACCGAGUUCAGGCAGUGCUUGGAGAGCACGCUGGUCGAGCUGCUCGGGGAGGAGGCGUCGAGGUCCGUGGCGGUGAAGCUCACGAAGGAUGGGUCUGGUCUUGGUGCCGCCCUGAUAGCAGCAGCUGCUCACUCCCAGUACCAGCACUGAAUCGGUGAAUCACGGUGUUCAUUGCGCGUGUUGCUGCCUUUUUUACUGACACUGUUGAUGCACUUAGACUCUAGUGAAAUUCUGUAUGUUCUCAUAGAAGUUUUGUUUGGACGACCCUUCCAAACAAAUGUUCAAAUAGAAAGUGGCUUAUGUGUGUUAUUAUUAAUUACAGGCAUACACUGAAUCACUUCAGAUCAAACAGUUUUGAGUUCUAGUUUUAUAUUA